UGUUAUGCUGUGGCUCAGCAGCUGCAGGAGGAGGAGUGAAAUGUGCUGCAAGGUGAGAGAGCUUAGCGGAACGGCAGGGAAGGAAUCCUCCGCAGGAACAGGCAUGAUGACGCAGGUGUGUUUGUAGGAGAAAAGUUUGGAUGACUUGUGCAACACGAGGGUAACGCGGCGGAAGAAGUACACAGAAACACAGACUGGACCAACUUUCUGUGCGACGCAAACCGAUGAAGGAAGACCAGGUUCUUUCUCCUGCCUGUGCUGCUUCUGACCAUCUACAUAUAUUUUUUUAAGCUGCUAAGAGAGGAUGAAGGGCUUUUUGCUUGGCGUCUAUCUUCUUUGGGCGAUGCUGCAGCUGUGCAGCAUGCAGAUUGCUUCACCUGCCACAGUGUUAAACUGCUGUGAAGGGGAUAUUCUCAUUCUGCUGGACUCUUCCGGCAGUGUAGCCAACCACGAGUUCCUUCGCCUGUUGCUCUUCGCCACCGAGCUGUUUCGACCCUUUUCACUGGGCCGUGGGCACGUGAGAGUCGGGCUGCUGCAGGUGGGCACGAACCCUCAUCUUGAGUUCGGCCUGGAUGUCCACAGCCAUCAGGAGGGUUUGCAGAAAGCUCUGCAGAGCAUCAGCCAGCUGCAAGGCGACACCAACACAGAGGCGGCGCUCAGGGUGGCCCAGCGGGUUCUGACAGAGACGGACGAGAAGGUGCCAAAGAUACUGCUGUGGCUGACUGACGGUGUGCAGCCCGGAGACGUGGACGAGCCGAUGUCUGGGAUGAAGGCGCGGGGCGUUUCUGUUUUAGCCGUUUCGACGGUUCAUGGCAACUACCAGGUGUUACAACGUGCAGUGACGCCUCCGCUGCGUUCUCACCUCUACUCUGUGGACAUAGAGAGCAUAGACAUCAUCACAGAGGACCUGAGAGAUGCCAUUAUUGAGAUUAUCCGUGCAGAGCGUCUGCGUGUGGUCCACUUGACUUCCCACAGUGCUGUGCUGCAGUGGCGUCCGGUUCUGAGCACAGACAGUGGUUUCUAUGAGCUCUGGUACAACUCUGUGAGGAAAACGGACAACGGAAUCAGACGCAUUCUGCCAGGGGACUCCACCGUGGUCCAGCUGACGGACUUGCAGCCUGAUACCACCUACACAGCGGCCCUGCGACCCGAAUCCAACCAGAGGGAGUUUAACACGCUCUCUGUUACCUUCACCACACUUCCUGACGUUCUAAGCCCGGCAGUGGUCUCCGUGUCAGACUCCGGCCCUCGUCAGAUCCGCGUGAGCUGGGGUCCCCUGCAGGGGGCCCGAGUCCAGAGAUAUACGUUGGAGUAUGGAGCUAUUCCCAGCGGAGACGUCCGCACCCUGAUAUUACCCGGCCAGCAGAACUCCACGGUUCUGACCGGCCUGCAGCCGGACACCCAGUACCUGGUCACAGUCAGCGCUCUGCACGUGAAUGGGAAAGAAAGAGCCAUGUCUGUAAGGGCGUGCACUCAAGAGGCUUCUCUGCCGGCCCUGACCGACCUUCAGUUGACCCAGUCGGGGCGGCAGGAGAUCCGGGUGGCAUGGCAGGCCCAGGAAGGUUUGCAAGGCUACUGGCUGAGCUGGGAGGCAGGAAGCUCCUACGGUCUUAAUCCCUCCGUGUCCUCUGCCUACUUGCCUCCUACCUCUCUGUCGACGCGCCUUACGCACCUUGCACCACACGGUCGAGUGUGCGUGUCCCCGGUGUACAGCUCGGGCCGAGGAGACAGGCUGUGCUGCACUGCGAGGAGCCACACAGAUUGGCCCAGCUGACUGUUACCAUCAUCUUUUUCUAAAUUUUAUUCCCACAUUCACAUUCAUAAAUAGCUCAUUGGAGGAAGUGUAAUUUUCUCAUUUGUCCGUCUCUUCUCUUGGAUGAAUUCCAGCCAGAGGGGUUGACGACCACAGUCUGCAGCAAUCAGGCUGCUGGAGCAAAAGAAAGUUGAUGAAAUACGGCAUCAUUAUUUUUGUAUAGUUAAAAUGUUCAUCAUGGAAUAAAUCAUAGUGGCGGAAAGGGUUUUUAUCACAAAAUCCCAGCACAGUGGCUCAGCAAAAUGUGACAUAAUUAUAGAUUUUAAAUUGGAAAGGAAAUCCGCCCCCACAUUCGUUCCGAUAUUUAACUUUCACAUGCAGUUAGUCUGACAGGAGCGUAAGCUGCUGCAGAGAAUGCGAUGCUCAUUUAGCAUUAUUAUUAUAGCCUACGCUUAUAAUAAUAGUAUAAAGGCCAACGCCACACAUGAAGAUUAUAAAAUAUCAGUAUAAUUUUGACCAGUUUCCACAGUUUAGUUGGAUGACGGAGGAGGACGGGGGUCUGCAGCCUGUUUCCAGGGUUUACAACUUUAAACUGUAAUGUAAAGGGUUAUGCUUCACCUUCUUUUCCUUACUAGCUGUACUCAUAUCAGAUCAAAAUCACAUAAGCACUCCUGAUAUCAGUAACACGUAUCGUCUGGGAACACGAGGAGUAUAUCAAUUGGAUGGAUUUUUGGUCACAAAGCCCGAAAGGAAUUGGAUAAGCACGAGAAAACGAUGGAUUCCUUUAACAAGUAUAACAUACAUUACGAAACAUGAUAAAUUCUAGAACUAAAGUUAUGCAAUUAAAAAUGCAAGUGCCCUGAUAAACUGUGAGGUGUAACCUGUUCGAACACAGAUGACGUGGUUGGCACAUAGAGGAUAAUAUUAUUCCAUGUUUUCGGCUCUUCAGAUCAGAUUAAAUUUAGGUUCUUUGUGCACAUACAGUGAAUGAUAUGUACAGUGAAUAUACCGUUCCUAUUACUUGUUGUUGAAUAUUUUAUUUUCUAUGCUACUGAAAUGGUCGCCAGGUUUUCUGUUAAAAUGUUGUUUUUUUAGAAGGGGUUAGAAAAUUCAGAUUCGUCCUGUUUAGUAUUUGCUUGUUCAUGACGCCACCUGGUGGUUGCAUGCUGUAAUCAGAGAUUGACGAUUGAAUAAAUGAUAAUCUAUGUGACAUUA